UAAUCGCUCCUUAACGGACCAUAGGCUCAUCAAUUGACUGACGAGCAAGGACGAUUUUCGGAUCGUUGCUGCGUCAAUUCGCUUCUUGCAGCGUCAAUUGCCAAAAAGUUACUUUUUUCUUAGUUUUUACACGUGGGACUAUGUUGUUAAACUAGAUGAUUAGAUUACGUGUUGCACCUUUCAGAAACAGUCAUCGGGAUUACAAUUACGCGCUACCCACACCGUUAUCGAGGGCUUUUACGCAGCACGGAGUCCUGGGGAGUCCCUCGCAUCCGCACAUACCCUUCCUCCUGUUCGACAAGUUCUGUCCCUUUCUAUCCUCACACCCGUUUACAUCGCAUAGCUGUUAAUUGGGGAUUCGGAGCAGUAAAGAACGGUAAAAUGGCUGAGGAGCAGGGGAAAACGGGGAAAGGGAUCAACACUGGGAAACUGGCCACCAGCAUGCAGAAAAGACUUAGCAGAGCGCAAGAAAAGGUCCUUCAGAAGCUGGGUAAAGCUGAUGAGACCAGGGACACAGCGUUCGAGGAGGGUGUGGCUAACUUCAACAAGCAGAUGGCCGAGGGCACCAAACUACAGAAAGACUUGAGGGCCUACCUGGCAGCAGUUAAAACCAUGCAUGAUGCGUCCAAGCGUCUGCAGGACUGUCUGGCGGAUAUGUACGAGCCAGAGUGGUUUGGCAAGGAGGAGGUGGAUACCAUCGCAGAGGAGACAGACAUCCUGUGGUCAGAUUACCACGACAAGCUUGUGGACAAUUCCAUGAUCGCCAUGGAUACCUAUCUGGCCCAGUUCCCUGACAUUAAGGCACGCAUCGCUAAGCGGGACAGGAAGAUGACCGACUACGACAGUGCGAGGCAUCACUUUGGCUCCCUACAGAAGGGCAAGAAGCAGGACCAGGCCAAGAUCGCCAAGCCGAUGUCUCUUGUGGAGAAGGCUGCCCCAGGUUGGGCCCAGGGGAUUCUGUCUGCUCAUCAAAUAGCCCAAACUAACCUGACCAGAAACCAGGCAGAGGAGGAGUUAGGGAGAGCUCAGAAAGUAUUUGAGGAGAUCAAUGUAGAUCUGCAGGAUGAGCUACCACAGCUGUGGAACAGUCGUGUUGGCUUCUAUGUUAACACAUUCCAGAGUAUGGCUGGAUAUCAGCAGAGGUUCCACAAAGACAUGGGAAAGCUGAACCAGGACCUGAAUGACGUCAUGACCAAACUGGAUGAGCAGAGGCUGGCCAAAAAGGCAGGUAAAGACUGGAAGCCUGGACCCAAGAAGAGUGAGGCAGCCGCCGUCAACCACAGCGUUACCCCAGACGCUGCACCCAAGACGAGGCCGGCGCCCCCUGGACCCGCCCCUGUACGCCCGCCCCCCAGCCCCAGACCCUCGUUGACUCCAGCUCCAGACACGCAACAACAGGACAUAAUCUUGUUCGAUGGUGAAGCCCUGGUUUCCGACGCUAACACAACCGCACCGUCACAGGCAACCGCACCAUCACAGGCAACCACCCCGUCACAGCCGCAGGUGGCUUCCUGGGACUCAUGGGAGCCUGAACCCGAGCAUCCCCCUGCAGUGGAGGAGCCCCAGCAGAACGACGACAAAGAGUCCCAGGAGACCAAGGCCGGCUGGGAGGAAGAUGAGCCUGCAGCCAACCAGGGUGGCUGGGGCAAUGAUGAGACUGGGGCCGCCCCGAGCUGGGAUACUGAAGGGACACAAGCUUCUCAGGCAUGCUGGGACCAGGAUGUGACCCAGACUGGGCAUUCUCAGGGUGGCUGGGGCGAUAACGGGGCCCAGGUAGGGGAAGAGGCUGCAGAUGCUGCCUCUGAUGGACAGGCAGGCUGGGGUGAUGCGGGUGCCCAGGCUGGGUGGGCAGAGGAGCCAGCUGCAGACGUGCAGGUGGGCUGGGCUGAGUCUGGGCAGACUGGCUGGGCUGACUCAGAGCAGAGAACUGACACUGCUGUGGCAGCCGCUGCAGGGGCUGCAACCACUGCGGUGACCAAUGGGUCUUCUGAGGUGCUGCCGGCUGGAGUCAUCUACAAGGUCAAAGCCAUGCAUGACUAUGCUGCCACCGAUGGAGACGAGCUGGAGAUGAAAGCAGGAGAUGUUGUGCUGGUCCUGGCCUGGGAGAAUCCUGAUGAGCAGGAUGACGGCUGGCUCAUGGGCGUGAAGGAAUCUCAUUGGCUGGAGAACAAAGACCUCUUGGCAAAAGGAGUCUUCCCUGAAAACUUUACCCAGAAGUUGUGAGCCAGACGUCCCAUCCAAACGGCACUUCCACUUCCCCUCUAAUCCCUCUUCCGUCCUUUGGGACAUCUGCCAGGAUAGAAACAAACCAAAACCACAUCAUCUCAAUCCUUGACCCAUGUAUCAAAUGUGCUGGUAUAUUUUAGCCGAUUCGCACGAUUAUUGUUUUGAUUUGUUACAUUUGACUACAUAAUGUAUGUGUUUUUGCUAAUGCUAAUGUGGUCAGUAAUGUAUUUAUGCUAAGCUAAUGUGGCCAGUAGAAACAAAGAGUAUGCUAGUUUCAAUGAAAAAGUAAUGGAUGUCACACUGCUUGAACACCUUUUGACAUGUCAUGUAAAAAAAAAAAAAAAUAUUAAGAGUUGCAUGAUCAUUUUACUGUAGUCAUUUACUUUGUAACAACAUCACACCCCUAGACAGAGAUUGGGACUGCUCUGGUAUCAGUCCUUCAGUUCUGACUGUGAUGAGACGAAAAAUGUACUGGUACUGGACCAGAACCUUGGGGCACACCACACCAGAUUAAAGCAAUGUGACCUGGUUCAUGUUCGGAAGGGUACUCUAAGAAAAACGUUUUGCAACGG